UGUGAUUUUUUUGUAUCUUCAUCGUAAAAAUCAAAACUCGUUUGCUACUUAUGUCAACCAGCCUUCGUUUUGGGCUCAAAACUGACCAGCAGUUCAGAUAUUCAGAUAGUUUUUGUUCAACCACAGACAGGUCAUCAUGUCUCGCGAUUUUUGCGCGCUGUUGGCGAUUCUCAUCUUCUCUGCGGUCAACGCGGCACCGCAAACUUCACCAACUAUCGUUCCGCAAAUCCGCACAAAUGGCUUUCAACUUGAGCCCCUCAAUCAAGAAUACUUUCUCAGAAUCGAACAUCCGGGUGGCACUAUUCGCCAGGAAUCCGUGAGUCAGAAUGAAGACGGGCACCUGCAGGUCAAAGGUGUGAUUAACCAGCCCUUCGAGGAUCAGGAUGCCAAUCUUAUUGUCACCUACGAGGCUGGUCCGAAUGGAUAUGUUGCCAAAUACAGCUUCGGCAAGGGUCCCCCAACGCCUCCACCUGACACCCCACUAUUCCUCAGUCCCGGUGCUCUGAAAACUGCAGCUGGAUAGGAUUGAGGCGUUAUAUUUAGAAAAGAUAAAAACCACAACUUGCCGUAAUUUAUAUUUAACCAAUUCUGUAUUUAUUAGUAGUAAUAAGCAAGUAAUAAUCACUUAGUUUCACUAG